AUGACGACUCAGCCACCGGAAAUCGAGACCAUCUUUGUUGUUGGCGGUCCUGCGGGCUGCGGCAAGACUACCGUUGCAUCGUACCUCGCCGAGCAAUUGGGUGCCCCAUACCUCGAAGGAGAUGAUUUCCACCCCGCAUCCAACAAGGCCAAGAUGGCGAACGGUACCCCUCUAAGCGAUGCCGACCGAUGGGACUGGCUUAUUACACUCCGCAACGAAGCGGUAAAGCAGUUGCAGAAGUCCAAUACCGUCAUUGUCACAUGUUCUGCCCUCAAGCGCAAGUACCGAGAUGUUAUCCGCGUCGCCUCAUACGAGCAUCCCACUGUACAAGUUCAUUUCAUCUAUCUCAGUGUCGACGAAAAGACUCUCCAGCAGAGGGUCAAGGCACGAGUAGGACACUACAUGAAAGAGACUAUGGUUCACAGCCAAAUGGAAACGCUAGAGGAGCCUUCGCCGGAUGAGUUCGACGUCAUCAAGAUUGACGUACGGCAGGAUGCUGAGGCUGUACGCACAAACGCUCUCACCAUGGUGCGGGCAAAGUUGAAGGAGUAUGAGACUCCCAUAACGAACGGGCACAGUGAUUAG